GAGUAUCAUAAUUCCGAGGUAAAUUGAAUGCGUCACCCUGAGCUUCUUUUUAUACGGCGGAAAACAAAGACAGAAAACAUUGCAAUUUGUUUAUUGACUUUUGGUGUUGGCGCCCUUUUAUUUAAAUGUAGCCUUUCAGGAGAAGUGGAUAACGAUAUAUAUCAGUACGGUGCAUCAUUGAAGGUCCGCCAACACUCAUGAUACAUGAACAUUAAGGCUACUUAAUUACGUGCAAAGGAUGGCUAGUUGUGGGGAGGUUGACCACUCUGUUAGCUCACUUCCCCCAAGUAAGAAAGGUAGCGGAAGCAGCAGCAAUGGUAGUGGGAACAGUUCAGAAUCAUGUUCUGGAUCCAGCAAUGCAUCGCCAGCCCUCGCUGUACCCGAGUGUGCCAUCUGUCUACAGAGCUGCGUCCACCCGGUGCAACUGCCUUGCCACCACAUCUUCUGUUUCCUUUGUGUGAAGGGGGCAUCCUGGCAGAGCAAGCGCUGCGCUCUCUGCAGACAGGAAGUGCCCGACGACUUCUUGGAAAGGCCCACACUUCUCUCUCCGGAGGAGCUAAAAGCAUCUGCAGGGGGUCGGGGCGGGGAAGUGAGCGAUCACGCCUGGUAUUACGAGGGCCGCAACGGUUGGUGGCAGUAUGACGUACGAACCAGCCGGGAGCUGGAGGACGCUUUCUCCAGGGGUAAAAAGACGGCGGAGAUGCUUAUUGCCGGGUUUUUGUAUGUAGCCGACUUAGAAAACAUGGUGCAGUACAGGCGCAACGAGCACGGACGGAGACGCAAGAUCAAGCGGGAUGUGUUGGAUAUUCCCAAGAAGGGAGUGGCCGGACUACGUUUGGACACUGAGGGAGUCACUGGAGCGAUUGGGCCAGCAGGUAGAGAAAACUCUGCGGACGGAGCCGAUACCACAGCGGCGGGCUCGCAGCAGCAGGGCGCCGCCAUCCCAUCCACGACGACAACCUCUCCACCCGUUGCCAGACCUACUGCUUCCUUGGGAGGUCAACCUAGCAGCAGCAGCAGCCCCUCUCUCGAGGACGCUUUCUCACAACUCCAAGUCAGUCACAGGCCCACGCCAUCUUCCGAGCGAUCCGGGGUAGGUGAAGGAGAGGAAGAAGAUGAAGAGGAGGAUGCCUCACCAUCCAGAUCCUCUGACCAUCACACCUCUGUGGACGAAUCUGGCUCCGGAGACUGGAGCGAUGAUGAGGAAGAAGAGGAGCGUGAUGAGGAAGGGGAGGAGGGAGGCGACGUGGAGCUGUGGGAGGUCCGGCCACAGAGGCAAAGACUGAACCCAGAAGACAGAGCCCUCCCAGGGGCAGAAUCCACUUCCCCCCCUUCGUCAUCCGCGAGCGGAAGAUCCCGAAUGCCUGAUGGUCAGUGUACAGUGACUGAAGUGUGAGAUUUUUCCUUUAAUCGAUUAACUCUGUUUUGUUCCAUUAAUUUAUUCGAUCUUUUGUGCUCUCAUUCACCGUGUCACUGCUCACAAAUUAACAGCCCUACUUAACAGGCUACCCAUUAAGAUACCUUUUGGAGAAAUAAUAAUAAUCUGUGACAUGUGAGAGGGAGCAUGGAUGGAUCAUUUGGAACUGCAUCAUCCUCAACGUGAAUAGCUGCAUUCUAAUCAUCUUUAACUCUCUCAGCUAACAUGAAACUCGACGUGUGACGCCUAUUCUUCCCAAACUUUCUACCCUAAUAGGGUGCUUCAGAAUUCGCAAAUUCUAAAUUUCUGAGUGCACUUUUACAUGGGAAGUCAUUUUAAGGCAGGCUGUUUUCUGUUUCCCAUAAGGAACAUAACUCAUAGAUAAGUCUACAGCGUAGUGAUCUACGUACUUCACAACCCAUUGAAGUUGAUCUCGGCAUCUGAUCUUUCAACUGCAGCAAAAUAUCAAGAUUUUUUUUUUUCAAUAUGUAAAAAUAGAUGUGACAUUUCAUAUCGAAAUUGUUCAACUAUUGAAGUAAUUGGAACGAAUGUGAAGUAACAGUGUUGUAAAAGUUGGCUAAGACUGAGCAUUCUACACUAGUGUGUCUCUGAAUUGUAAACUGGUGCAUGUUUGAAGAGAGAGUUAUUUUAAGUUACGCUUCACGUGGCAAGGUUCUCUUAAUAUUUUGGUUUUGAUGUGGAUAAUUGUCCAUUUGUUUUGACUUUGGUUUUCUAUCUAAUAAGUGCAACAUGUGAGGCAGUAAGAUGAUUAUGCCAUUCCAAAUCACAUACCGGUAGUUUGAAUUUUUUUUUCUUCUUCUCUGUGUUUAGAUUAUCUCCUCAAACUUUCCGCUCGGAUUUUUUUAUUUUAUUUUUUUUAACAGUUUUGGCUUGGCAAUUUUCUACUUGGUUUGUAAAUUAAUAAAUGGUCAUUUCAUCAUUCUGA